CCUUGAAUAAUUAUAAAAGCAAAAUACCUAAGAUGAUGGAAUGAAACCAAAAAUUCUUGGAACACUCAACAGGCCAGUCAAAAUCUCUGAAGAGACACGGUUGUACUUGGUUGGUUCAUCGCUGAAUGGCUUUGGUACUCGAUACAGUGAUGCAGACCUGUGCCUCGUGUUGAAGGAAGUGCCAAUGAACCAAAGGAGCGAAGCAUGUCACAUACUCAGUUUAAUCCAACAACUUUUCUACAGACUCUCUUACAUUGACAGACCUCAACUGAUCCGAGCAAAAGUGCCAAUAGUAAAAUUCAGGGAUAAAGUCAGUGGUGUAGAAUUUGACUUGAAUGUAAACAAUGUCGUAGGAAUAAGAAAUACAUUCCUUCUGAGGAGCUAUGCAUCUACUGAGAGCCGUGUUCGUCCUCUUGUGCUGGUGGUGAAAAAGUGGGCACGUUACCAUGGAAUAAAUGAUGCUAGUCGUGGCACAUUGAGUAGCUAUUCUUUAGUACUGAUGGUAUUACAUUAUCUACAAACUUUACCUGAACCUGUCAUUCCAUCUCUCCAGAAGGAGUACCCAGAGUGCUUUGAGCCCACUAUGCAGCUGCAGUUUGUGCACCGAAGAGGAAGUAACAUUAGUCCAUACAGCUCACUAAAUAACUCGAAUCUGGGAGACCUGCUCAUGGGGUUUCUGAGAUAUUAUGCUACAGAAUUUGAUUGGAGUAAUUCAAUAAUUUCAAUUCGUGAAGCCAAAGUGAUUCCCAAAACCAAUGAAAUGGAGUGGAAGAAUAAAUAUAUUUGUGUUGAAGAACCCUUCGACAGAACAAACACAGCUCGAGCUGUACAUGAAAAAUGCAAGUUUGACAUGAUCAAAAAGGAGUUUGUACAGUCAUGGCACAAACUUAAAGAGAAGAGAGAUUUGUUCAGCAUUCUACCAGAAGCUGCUGCAACAGAGUGCAGGGGAAGAUGAUGAACUGGCCCUACUUGUAGAUGCAUUGAUUAAAAAAAAUUGAAGUAGAAACCCUGUUGCAAACAAACAUCAAUGAGAGGAUUUCGUCUGGCAAUGAUGUCAGUUAAAAUAUCUGACUUAUUAAGAUUUUUUUGGCCUUCUAUAUGGCAACAAAAACUAUGGACCUUUUUUUUGUCUUUUUUUUCCUACAUUUGUCACAGCAAGCUGGCAUUGGAGUCUUCGUAAUAAGAACACUGAAGAAUAGAAUCCUAGAAUUAAGGACAGAUGAUUAAUAAAACAAAGUCUUCUUUUGAAAGAUCCUUCUGAAUCCUCAAAGGUAAAAAAUUUACUUAAAUGAUUUUAAUGGAUUUGCUGCAAAGUUCGGUCUGUGCAAUGUGGUAAGGAGUGGUGAGCCCAAAGGAUAUAGAAAUAAUUAAAAAUAUUUUGCAUAUGCGCCUUCUUAGUUGCACAAUGUUGAAUGAUUGCAGGCCUAUUGUUUGCAAUGUAAUAACUGUAGUAAACUUCCAAUUAUUUUGUUGAAAGUAGGUGUCCUGUUUCAUUAUAACAAUGAUUACUGCCUCCAUUUUCAGAUCGAGAAUGAUAUAUUUAUCCAGUUUCCCUCCUCUUGUAACAUAUGCUGAGCAAAUACAUUCUCUCAUAUUUCAGUCUUUUACCACCAGAAUCAAUAAAACUUUAUUCAAGCAUGAUAAUAACAUCUGUUAUCCUUCAUAAGAAUAAAAACUAGAAAAUACAUCUUGUAGGAUGCUGAGCAAAAUAUUGGCGAAAGGUGAGGUAUUUGUUUUCAAUUUAUUUAUUGAACCAUUCUAGAGGCCAAAUUCUAAAAAGUGCUGUCUUUUAAAGUAAUUAACUCGUUACUUUUAUGUUUACUGAUGUCUGUUUAUUGUAUAAAGUAUGGAAUUCAUUUUUUGCUAUGUUCUAUAUUAUUUUUCUUUGGAAAUUCCCUUUUGUAUUUUGUAUAUUGUCUAAAUUUAAAUAAAGUUUGCACAUGGAAAAAAACCUUAUUGAAUUGAGCAUUUACAGUGAAAUAUUGUACUAUUUUCAUGGCUGUUUAUUCAACUUCCAUUCUGCUGUAAUGAAUUGAGACCUGUCGAAAAUCACACUGGUUUCAGCAACAACAAACUGGCAACUGUAAUUUGAAACUGUCAAUGGCAUUUUUAAGCUUGGUACUUUGCAUACAGUUGGGUGCAACAUUAUGAAUAGAACAAAGAAUUGUUUAGCCUGCCACAAGGAGUAAUUUGAAUUGGUUAAAUGUUUGCACAGCCACAAUAAAAAUACUUUAUAGAGUAUUUUGCUGUUAUACUGGGUAACAGUCAUGUGAGACAACUUUGUUUUUUGUAUGAAAAUAAAAAAAAAUAGCAGAUUCUGGAAAUGUGAAAUACAAAGAGAAAAUGCUGGAAACACUCAGCAGGUCAUGCAGCUUCUGGAAAGAGAAAUAGUUAGGGUCUAGGGCCUGAAACGCUACUUUGUCUGAUCUGAAGAAGGGUCUAGAACUUGAAAGGAUAACUCUUUCUCAUUCCACAGUGCUAUCUGACAUACUGAGUGUUUCCAGUACUUUCUGCUUUUAUUUUUUUUACAUAAUCUUGCUUAAAUUGAAAUGAUUGCUAAACCAAUCCAAUUCUGAAUUAAUAAGUGUCAUUUAAUUGGACCUAAUGUUUUCUGUCAUUUCAGGAUCAUUUUGCCAUUUUGGAUUUCUAAAGAAAUAUUUUGAAUAAAUUGUUUUU